AUGUUUAGUAGAAGUCGACAAAGUCUUCCGCUGAUUUAUUCAGCUGCAUCCAAGCGACUGCUCAAGAGAUCGCCUUGUGUUGGCUCAGCCAUUGGAUCCAUUCGGCAUCACGGUGGUCCCAGCGUCUCAACCAAUGCUCCUACUGUGACAGUCCAUUUUCUCCAACCCGAUGGGGAAACUGUGAAGUCAGUCCCUGCUCGAGUUGGCGAAUCCUUGCUUCAGACUGCCCAUCGGAAUGACAUCGAUCUGGAAGGAGCUUGUGAGGGGGUGUGCGCUUGUAGUACCUGUCACUUGAUAUUACCACAAGACGUGUACGACAAUCAAGAAGAACCAUCAGAGGACGAAGAAGAUAUGCUUGAUAUGGCCUACGGUCUGACCGAUACCAGUCGGCUCGGGUGCCAGAUCAUGGUGUCAGAAGAAAUGGACGGCAUACAAUUCGAGAUGCCGAAAGCAACUCGCAAUUUCUAUGUUGACGGUCAUGUACCGAAACCCCACUAA